AUGGAAGCAAAAUAUUCUCGUUUACAAAGUUUUGUCAAUGGAUCUAAUAAUAAUAAUGAUAACAGCGGUACGAAUGAUAAUGGUCAAUCAUGGUCUAGUGCAAUAUUUUCACGAGAUUUAUUUCAAACAAAUGUAAAUCGUGUACAAAGUUUUUUUAAUAAACGUUCAGAUGCUUCAUUAUCAUCAUCAUCAUCAAGUUCAGAUGACAUGCAAAUAUUAUUACAAAAAGGUGACAAUGAUCCAAUCUUACCAGCAUUGACUCGUAAACAACGUAUUCUUGGCUUUAUGAUAUGUCUUGCAUUGGGUGUAUUUUGUAUGUCAUUUGCAACACUUUUUAUUCCGGUCAUUGUAUUGAAAGCAAGAAAAUUUGCAUUAUUAUUUUCAUUUGGUAGUGUAUUUUUUCUUUCAAGUUUUUCAAUGUUAUGGGGACCAACAAAUCAUUUUAAACAUUUAACAAAUACUGAUCGUCUCCCAUUUACUAUAGUAUAUAUACUAACACUUGUUGGUACUAUAUAUUAUUCAGUAUGGGUUAAAAGUUAUUUCUUUACAAUUAUCUUUGCUCUUUUACAAUUUGGUGCUCUUGUUUGGUAUGUUGUUUCAUAUAUUCCUGGUGGUACACGUGGCUUAAAGUUUUUCUCAAAACUUUUCUAUACAUUCAUUUCAAAAACUGUAACAACAACAUUAUCAGUUUAA